AUGGCAUUCCUCCAGUCCCUGAAGAGCCAGCUAAACAGUGUAAACCUUUCAAUCAGUGAACUAGCCAAGGACGUCUCGUACCCGGUCCGCACUAUGAAAAAUGUGGACACCAAGUUUGGCACCUCUGUGUCAUGCGUUUUAAUAGAUGUUGCAAACACUCAGACAAUAAAUAUUUUCUUGCCUAAAGCCAUCAAAAUGACGGACGAGGAAAUUUCUGAAUAUAAUCUUGGUAGUGUCCCCGGGGUAAGUCUCAUAUAUCGAGGAUUAAAUAAGAGGAGCUUCAUUAUAGAUUUUGAAUGA